AUGGGCCUGAAGCCGUAUCUGGGCCUUCGCGGCAAUGCACUCCUUCGAGCAGCUGUCAUGCUGGUCGUAUGUCCCACAUUCACCUGCUAUGGAUAUAACAUGAGCGUGGCGGGCGGUCUCUUGACGCUGGACGCGUUCAACAAUCAAUUUCCUCGAAUGGAUACUAUCCACACGACCGGUGCCGUGCAACAUGAAAACUCGACGAUUCAAGGCACCGUGAUUGCUCUCUACACUGUGGGCGGGAUCUUCGGAGCGCUCUCCUGCGUCUCUCUGGGUGAUCUCCUCGGACGCAAGAAGGUGAUCUUCUGGACAAAUUUGAUCACGAUUAUCGGCGCGAUCUUGAUGGCCACCUCCUUCGAUUUUGCCCAGUUCAUCGUCGCAAGACUAGUUCUUGGUCUCGGAAUUGGCGGAUACGUCGCCACGGUGCCCGUCUGGCAGUCCGAACUAUCACCCGCUCAUAAGCGAGGCUCGAACGUAGUGACCGAUGGCAUUUUCGUGGGUGCCGGCGUGACCAUCGCUCUCUGGAUUGAUCUCGGCUUCUACUUCGUGAAGGAUAACUCGGUGGCAUGGCGAUUCCCUCUCGCCUUCCAGGUGAUCUUGUCACUGGUAGCCAUGAUCUUUAUCACGGUGCUGCCGGAAUCCCCCCGCUGGUUAAUCAAGACCGGCCGGCUCGAAGAGGCCCGGCAGGUGCUAUCAGCCCUCCUUGAACUCGAGCCAGACUCAGAGACGAUCACUGAAAGCAUUCACCAAAUCCAAGCGACCCUGGCGGUCUGCGGAAAUACCUCCUGGACGGCCAUGUUCACCAACGGAGAGCAGCGUCUUUUCCAUCGUGCGUAUCUCGCCGCGACGGGUCAGAUGUUCCAGCAGAUGUGCGGUGUGAAUCUCAUCACCUACUACGCCACAAACAUCUUCCAGCAAUAUCUCGGGCUCGACGCCGUCAAGUCCCGCAUCCUCGCCGCAGCCAUGGGUCUGAUGCAGCCUUUCGGUGGCUUCCUCGCCUAUUAUACCAUCGACCGACUCGGUCGUCGACCACUCAUGCUGUGGAGUGCAGCAGCCAUGUCCGUCUGUAUGGCUCUUCUGGCCGGGACCACAUCCCCCGGGGCGGCAGACAAUACGGCGGCCCUAGUCGUCGCCGUGAUUGCGCUCUAUUGCUUCCAGUUCAUCUUCACCGUCGGCUACUCGGGCCUGACCUUCCUCUACGCGGCCGAGAUGGCGCCCCUGCAGGUCCGGGCUGCCGUCAGUGCCGUCUCCACGGCCACGGUGUGGGCGUUCAACUUCUUACUCGCGGAAGUAACCCCCGUCGGCUUUGCCUCCAUCAACAACUACUACUACCUGAUCUUCGCGGUGCUAAAUGCGCUCAUUGUGCCAUCCGUGUACUUCUUCUUCCCGGAGACCAAGGGACGGUCGCUGGAAGAGAUCGACGAGAUCUUUGCCCAGUCGAAGAGCAUCUUUGACCCGCCGCGCGUGGCACGCCGCAUGCAGCAGACCCUCAAGGCCCGUCAGCCCAGCUCAGCCGGCCAGCCCGAUACAGAAAGUGGUGGAGAGAAUAGCGUAUAUGUGGAGGAAGGUGUCAAGGCUUAG